AGAGAGUCAAAGACCAACACAAAACCAUUAUGAAGAACAAGUAUGAGAGCUUAUUUGAGGGAAUCAAACUAGUAGAAAAUCAAACCCUCCUGAACAGUAUUUACACACAGCUCUACAUCAUAGAAGGAGAGAGUGAAGGGGUGAAUGAAGAGCAUGAGGUUUUACAGAUGGAGAAAACAGCCAGAACACAAUUCACUCCAAUCUACUGCAAUGACAUAUUUAAACCCUUACAUGAACAUGGAUGUGAGGAGAAAGACAAAAUCAAGACUGUUCUUACUAAAGGCAUCGCUGGAAUUGGAAAAACUGUCUCUGUACAGAAGUUCAUUCUGGACUGGGCUGAGGAAAAAACCAAUCAGGAUGUAGAUUUCAUGUUUGUGCUUCCAUUUCGAGAGCUGAACUUGAUUAAAGAUCACCAGUACAGUCUUCACAGACUUCUGCUGGACUUUCAUCCUGAACUUCAAAAUCUGGACUCAAAGAUUUAUGAAGAGAGUAAAGUUGUGUUCAUCUUUGAUGGUCUGGAUGAAAGCAGAAUUCCACUGACAUUUUCAGAUAAUGAGAGAGUCCUUGAUAUGAAUAAGUCUUCUUCAGUGAGUGUGUUGAUGUCAAACCUCAUCAGAGGAGACCUGCUUCCCUCUGCUCUCAUCUGGAUCACCUCCAGACCAGCAGCAGCCAAUCAGAUUCCCUCAAAAUACAUCAACCGUGUGACAGAAAUUCAGGGAUUCAAUGAGUCUCAGAGAGAGGAAUAUUUCAGGAAGAGAAUCAGUGAUGAGCAUGAAGCCAGCAGAAUCAUCUCUCACAUAAAAAGAUCAAGAAGCCUCCACAUCAUGUGUCACAUCCCUGUCUUCUGCUGGAUCUCAUCCACUGUGCUUCAGAACCUCCUGAAACAAGAUGACAGUGCAGAAAUCCCUCAAACUCUGACUGAAAUGUACAUCCACUUCCUGCUGACACAGAUCAACAUGAGGAAUCAGAAGUAUGAUGUGAAAAAUGCAAAGAAACUCCUGAAGCCCAACAGAGACUUGAUUGUAAAACUUGCUGAACUGGCUUUCAAACAGCUGAUGGAGGGCAAUGUGAUCUUUUAUGAGGAGAACCUGACUGAGAGCGGCAUAUACGUCACUGAUGCCUUAGUGUAUUCUGGGAUUUGCACUGAGAUCUUUAAGCAGGAAUCUGUGAUUCAUCAGAGGAAAGUCUACUGCUUCAUACAUCUGAGCUUUCAAGAGUUUUUAGCUGCUUUCUUUGUGCUUUACUCCCAAGUAGAAAAAAAAGAGAAAUCACUGAAUUCGAUUCUACGUGAUUUGGAGUAUAGAUCAUUGGUUUCAGGGAUGUGUGGAACGAUUGAGCUUGAAGAAUAUAAUUUGUAUGGUAUUGACAUCACUAUGAGUGAGGUACAAAAAGCAGCAGUUAAUAAAUCUUUAGAGAGUAAAAACGGACACCUGGAUCUUUUCCUGCGAUUCUUGAUGGGUGUCUCACUGGAUUCCAAUCAGAGACUCUUACAGGAUCUACUGACACACAGAGAGAACAGCUCAGAGAACAUGGUGGAAAUUACUCAGCACAUUAAAUACAAAAUCAAGAAUGAUCAUUAUUAUAUGAGAGGUAAACAUCUCUCAGCUGAGAGAUGCAUCAAUCUGUUUCUCUGUCUGCUGGAAAUGAAGGAUCAGACUCUUUACCAAGAGAUUCAAGAGUUUGUGAAAUCAGAGAAUCACUCAAAAAGACUCUCUCCUGCUCACUGCACAACAAUAGCCUAUAUACUUCAAAUAUCAGAGGAGGUGCUGGAUAAGUUUGAUCUGAAGAAAUACAACACAUCAGAUGAGGGUAGAAGGAGACUGAUACCAGCUGUGGUGAACUGCAGAAAAGCUAUACUUGAUGGCUGUAAUCUCAAUGAUCAGUGCUGUAAAAGUUUGUCUUCAUCUCUACAAUCAUCAAACUCACUGAGAGAGCUGGACCUGAGUCACAAUGAUCUGCAGGAUUCAGGAGUGAAGCUGCUCUCCGAUGGACUGAAGAGUCCACACUGUCAAAUCAACAUACUGAGAUUAUCUGGCUGUAUGGUGACAGAGGAAGGCUGUGAAUUUCUGGCUUCAGCUCUGAGUUCAAACCCCUCACACCUGAGUGAGCUGGAUAUGAGCUACAAUCACCCAGGACAAUCAUUGGUCAAGCUGCUCUCUGAUCCAAACUACAGACUGGACAAACUCAAUGUGGAUCAUGGAGGAGAGUUCAGGAUUGUAGCAGGACCACAGAAAUAUAUCUGCAAUCUCACACUGGAUUUAAACACAGCAAACACAUGUCUCGCUCUGUCUGAGAGGAACAGAACGGUGAAACAUGUGAAAAAGAAGCAGCCGUAUCCUGAUCAUCCAGAGAGAUUUGAGAGAUUUCCUCAGGUUCUGUGUAGAGAGAGUCUGACUGGACGCUGUUACUGGGAGGCUGAAUGGAAUGGGAAGCCUGAUAUAUCAGUGACAUACAAAAGAAUCAACAGGAAAGGAAAGAAUGAUGACUGUAGGUUUGGGCUCAAUGAAAAUUCCUGGAGUCUGAUCUGGAAUAAUUACAAAUUCAUUGUCAGACACAAUAAUGUGGAAACAGUCAUACCUCCCCCUUCAAGCCGCUCUAACAGAGUUGGAGUGUACCUGGACUGGUCAGCCGGAACUCUGUCUUUCUACAGUGUCUCUAACACACACAAGCUCACACACUUACACACAUUCAACACCACAUUCACUGAACCCCUCUAUGCUGGAUUUAGGGUUUGUUAUUCUGGUAGUUCUGUGUCUCUUUGUGAGAUUAGACCAGACUGAGGUUUCAGUCAGAGUUCCUAAACACGCUUCAUUACGAAUGUUAAAGACUGUGGAGCUGUGUGGAAGGAUGACGUCUCUUCCUGAUCACGUGUUCUCAGAAUCUCUCAUAGAUGUAGAGCAAAAAUACAUUCAAUGAUAUUGAGUCUAGAGCUCAAUAUUAUUUUGGGCUGAUAUUUUAUCCUCAAAAUAUGAUUUUUUUUUCUUCUGAUUGCUUCCAAAUUCUUAAAUAUAUUACAAAGUUUCAUGUUUAAAAUGUUUUUAUCAACCUCUACAAAUACCUCUACCCAAAAAUGAAAAUUAACCCAUGGUUUUCUCACCCCCAAGCCUUUCUUCUUUCAGAUGAAUACAAUUGGAGUUUUAUAUACAGUAUAAUCCCAAAAUCCCAAACACCAUUCACUGCUAUUAUAAAGCUUGGAAGAGCCAGGAUAUUUUUUGACAAAACUGACUGUAUUUGUCUGAAAGAAUAAAGUCAAAUACACCUAGGAUGGCUUUAGGGUGAGUAAAACAUGGGGUUUGUGACGAGUGGGGUGGGGCUGAGGGUCGUGGGAACGGAUGCGAGGCCAGUGGAGUGAUUGGAGAUGAGCGACACCUGCUCGACUCACCGGUCUCGAGUCCCACGGAGGAGAUGGAAGGACAUAAAACUGGAGCGACGACAGUGAAGGACGAGAGAGUACCAGGCCUGGGCUUUUAGUUGUGUUUGGUUUUUAUUUGUGUUUAUUUUGAAUUAUUAAAAUGUCAGUGGAUUGUCCGCCACCUUCUUCCCGAAGAUCAUGAAGUUUUUAUUGUUACAGGGUUAUUUUCAGUUUUGUACUAUCUAUCUGUCUGUCUGUCUGUCUGUAUGAAUAUGAGACAAAACUACAGAAU